AGACUUCCCUACAGGUAAUCUGAUGGAGACAAGCCCUCAAUAAGUUUCCCUAUUUCCGGAUGACACUAAGCUUGUGUCGAGGCAACACACUAGCACAGGACAAGCAAGAUAUUUUAAACCUAGUCAUAAGAAAGAGCCUGAGCCCCCAAAGAGACCUCUGGGGAGGCAGACUAACAGAUAAAGUUAUGCCUUUAAGAGAAAGUUGCCUGGGCUUCUCCAGAUUAUUAUGAUCUAGGUUGAGGAAGGAAAACUACAGGGAAACCCGACGGUAGGCAUGGAGAAGGCUCUGGGACUGAGCUAAAAAGCCCGCUUGUGUGGACUUCCUCUCUAGAUGCUGAGGUGUGUGCGGCCUCUGAGCGCUUGACCCCAAUGUCCUUGUUCCAGUAUGAAUGUGACAGCUCAAGCCUUACCUUACAACUCCGUUCAGCCAAUGGCUACUACCUAGCCCAGAGGCGCCACAGAGCCAUCAUAGCUGACGGGUACCCCCUGGAAUCUAACACCUUCUUCCGUGUGCACUGGAAUUGUGGCAAAAUCAUCCUGCAGUCCUCCAGUGGGCGUUUCCUGAGCAUUGCAUCCAAUGGCCUGCUGAUGGCAAAUGCCAACAUCCCAG